AUGCUGCUCCGGCCGCGGCGGCCGCCCCCGCCCGCGCCGCCGUCGCCCGCCAGCCCGGACCCCGAGCCGCGGUUGGCGGGGGGCGCCCCCGAGACCCCGCCCAGGAGGCCCUCCUCGCCAGGCGCGCUGGCGGCACCCGCGCCCCCGGGGUCUCCUGCAUCCCCCGGGUCGCCGGUGUCCCCGGGCUCGGCGCAGCGCACGCCCUGGAGCGUGCGCGAGACGGAGCUGCUGCUGGGCACGCUGCUGCAGCCGGCCGUGUGGCGCGCGCUGCUGCUGGACCGCCGCCAGGCGCUGCCCACCUACCGCCGCGUGUCGGCCGCGCUGGCCCGCCAGCAGGUGCGGCGCACGCCCGCGCAGUGCCGCCGCCGCUACAAGUUCCUCAAGGACAAGGUACGAGACGCGCACGGCCAGCCGCCCGGGCCCUUCGACGCGCAGAUCCGCCAGCUCAUGGGGCUGCUGGGCGACAACGGGCGCAGACGCGGCCGCCGCCGCUCCCCCGGGCCCGGGCGCCCCCCGCGCGGCCGCCGGCCGGCCCCCGCUGAGCCCGGCGCCCCACCGCUGCCCGCCUCCCGAGACCCCGACGCGGACCCAGCCUGGACGCUCAGGUUCAGCCCGUCCCCGCCCAAGUCUGCGGACGCUCCUCGCGUCUCCGGCUCCCCGACGGCCCUCUCCGCCUUGCCCCCCGUGCCCGGCCGCCCCGAAGAUCCCGAGCCCUUCCGCGCCCCGGGCUCCUCGCCGCCACCGUCCCCCGGCCCCGCCCGGGACGACCCCGACUCGCCGCCCGGCCGUCCGGAGGAGCACGCGCCCCCGCAGUCCGCUCCGCCGUCGCUGAACGCCGCCCUCCUGCAGACCUUGGGGCACCUGGGUGACAUCGUGUCCAUCCUGGGCCCGCUGCGUGACCAGCUUCUGACCCUGAACCAGCACGUGGAGCAGCUGCGCGGCUCCUUCGACCAGACCGUGUCCCUGGCCGUGGGCUUCAUCCUCGGCAGCGCCGCCGCCGAGCGAGGCGUCCUGACCGACCCGCGCCCGUGA